CUAUUUUCGCCGCCCUCAAGAUUCUUUAACUUUUUGCCCAUUACUAUAUGUCUAAAAGUAAGCUAUCGUCCCGAAGUAACCAUGCCGUUCCAUUAACUAGCGGAAACGCCAUUGCCAAAUUAGUUUUCAUCUUGUCCCAGUUGGUCAAGGUGACCCAUGCCCUUCCAGUGUUCAACAAACGGGUCCAUGCUGCUGUUUCUCAUCCCGACGUUGACGCUACAACGUCCUCCAUGACAGCCGAGGAGUUUUAUGCCAAUUUGUUCACUUCUGUCUUUCUUGUUCUCGCUGGAGGUGUCUUUGCCGGCUUAACCUUAGGUUUGAUGGGCCAGGACGAAGUAUACUUGAAGGUCAUCGCCACCAGUGGUGAACCUCAUGAACGUAGACAUGCUCGUAAAGUGCUUUCUCUUAUUGGUAGAGGUAAGCACUGGGUUUUAGUCACAUUGUUGUUGUCAAAUGUCAUCACCAACGAAACAUUGCCUAUUGUAUUAGACCGUUGCUUGGGAGGAGGAUGGCCUGCUGUCGUCACUUCCACCGCUUCCAUUGUCAUUUUCGGGGAAAUUAUCCCCCAGUCCAUCUGUGUCAGAUAUGGUUUGCAAGUCGGUGCUCUUUUCGCUCCAUUUGUCCUCGUCUUGAUGUAUAUAAUGUACCCUAUUGCCUAUCCAAUUGCCUUGUUGUUGGACCACAUCCUUGGUGAAGACCACGGAACAGUUUACAAGAAGUCCGGGUUGAAGACCUUGGUGACUUUGCACAAGACGAUGGGUGUAGAAAGAUUGAACCAAGACGAAGUCACCAUCAUCAGUGCUGUUCUUGACUUGAAGGAGAAAUCGGUAAGUGCAAUCAUGACUCCUAUGGAUAGAGUCUACACCAUGAGUGCUGAUACUUUGUUGGACGAGAAAACCGUAGAAGAAAUCUUCAAUGCCGGUUUCUCCAGAAUACCCAUUCAUUUGCCUAACGAGCCAUUGAAUUUCAUUGGUAUGCUUUUGGUGCGUGUCUUGAUCAGUUACGACCCAGAAGAUGCCUUGCCUGUAGCUUCGUUCCCAUUGGCCACUUUGCCUGAAACGGCCCUAGACACCUCUUGUUUGAACAUCUUGAACUACUUCCAAGAAGGUAAAUCUCAUAUGAUCGUGGUCAGUGAACAUCCUGGUGAACCUGUAGGAGCCAUUGGUGUGUUGACUUUGGAAGAUGUGAUUGAAGAGUUGAUUGGUGAAGAGAUUGUUGACGAAUCGGAUGUAUACAUUGACAUCAACAAGAAUAUCAAGCGUAAGAACCCGGGUCCUUUGUCUAAGAGAAACUUGACUUCUUACUUACAUAACUUAUACCAAAGAUCUGCUUCUACUUCCAAGAGGAACUCCCUUGAUGUUUCUGCUCAGCUGCCAGGUCAAGCGCUGACACCACAGCCACUGCAAGUCCAGGUGCCAGAUUUGGCUACCAGGCUCAGUACAACGAAUGGAAAUAAUUUGGUAGACACAAAGAACUGGAAACCCAAGAAUCCUGCUGCAAACCCAUUGGAAACUAACAAGUCUUUCGUAACGAUCAAAAGACCAAACGCUGAGACCAUUGCUGCCAUUCCUUUGCCCAACAGAGUCGGUGCACCCGGUGCUUAUGGCGCUGUUUUUUCUACUGAAGUAGGGGCUAUUGAAGAAGCUGUUAGAAGAGCUUCUGUUGAUGAAGAAGCUAGAGAAGAUAUUACUGCUGAGAGAGCCGACGAUAUCCGUGCACAUGAACACGAAGUAGUACCGAUGGCCAUUCCUGUCACUGAAUCGCAAGAAUCGCGAAUAUACAGAACAGGAGGGAUCAUUGAAUCUGUGAUCAAUGUCCAAGGUGUGCACAAGACCAUCAUUGAAAAUGUCAGCGAUGAAGACGAAGUUCUCGAUAUCAACGACAUCGAAAACGGCGAGAUCGACCAGAUAAGUGCGUCGUCAUCCAGUGUUAUAGCUGUAGAUGGCGAAGAUGAAGAAGCGCAAGGUUUGUUGAAGAAUGGUCAUGAUAAAGGCUCGAGAAAUUCGUCUGUUUCGGAAAGUAGUCACCACAGACGUUUGAGUAUGUGGGACAAAAUUCGAGGCAACACGUCUUCCAAUGGAGGAGGUUCAUCUUGAGAAUGUAAUAAAACAAUAGAAUUCCUAUAAGAGAUUUUAGUUUCUACAAACAAAAUAAAUUGUGAUAAG